AUGUCUAAUCUGAGUCCUGAACAAGCCCGCUUGGAUCCUUACACCUGCGCUGCAGAAAAUACGGAUCUUACUCUUCAGGAGAAGAUCACCGACUUGCACACCGUCAUCAAGAAUGCAAAAAUCGGAAUGCUCGUCACGCGCGAUGCAAAUGGGAACUUGCAUUCCCGAGCAAUGACUCCUGCUACGCCAUACAGCGACACGCAACUGAACCUCGUGUUCCUCGCGAACAACGUGUCUCACAAGUUCGAGGAAAUCGAGAAUGAUGCGCACGUCAAUGUCAGUUUCUGCGACCCAUCCUCCACGAACUGGGCGUCGUAUUCCGGUAGAGCCAGAGUGACUCAGGACAAGGAUCUUAUCAAUAAGCACUGGUCCUCAUUCAUUACUGGCUAUAUUGGUGACUUGAAGGACGGUGUCCACAAGGGCGACAAGAAUGACCCACGUGUCGCCGUGAUUGAGAUCAUCCCGGACGAGAUCAAGUACUGGAUUACGAAGCACUCAUCUGCGGUGCGUACGGCACAAGUCGCUUUGGGUGCAGCCACGGGCAAGGCUACGUCUCCUGGAGAGUUGCGCACCAUCAGCAAGGAAGAGGUUCAACUUGCCCAAGGGCUUCAUUCCAAGUAG